AAAAAACAAAAGCCUUUUCGUGGAAUUAGAGUUUAUGAACGAAUCGAAGCGGGUCAGUCACCUGUGAAACCUCCCUGAGCCCAACCACGUGAGAGUACUAAACAUGUGCUUUGACAAAACCUUUCAAAACGUAAACAGAGAACAGAGUGAAGGUGUUAUUUUUUUCUUCUUUUUUUUUUUUUCUUUUUCUUAUUUUCCUCGCCAGGUUCUCGAGACGUAUUGUGUUUGUGAAUAUCCCAGUCGCUUGAUGAAGUAUGUCGGCGAAAGUUACCUCGUCCGAAGUGUGUCCAGGAGGGUGCCUUCGCCUGUCCUCGAUACCCAACCCCGUCAAGAGGUUCCUUGUUUAUGCUUUGGAGAUGUAACAGUAUUAAGGAUAUGCAACAUUCAUGGUGAAUACCUAUAGAAAAAGAGGUAUUAAAUGAUACAAACUAUAAAGGUAAACUAAGAAAAGAUAGAAAGAAAGAGAGAGAGAGAGAAAAAAAAAAAUAAAGAAAUAUAUAUAUAAAGAGAGAAAGAGAGAGAGUGACCUCCCCCCCCCCCCCCUCCAGCAGAAAUGACUUAAUGACGUAACCCCGAAACACACGUCAAAAACUCCCCCUCCAAAGAUGUACGCCAAAGCACGAGGGUUGGCCGCAGGAAGGGCAUCAGGGGAAGAUAGCAGACGGUCGACGAGAGAAGGAGGCGACUUCCACGCUCUGAAAUGCAGGAUAGUGAACGCCCUACACAGAGUGAGGACUGCAGGAUGGGGCGUGUGGGUCGUGGCUCUGCUCUUGUACGUGUCCCUGGCGCUCCUGCUUCAACCUGACGCCGAGGAGCUGAUCGAGGAGGAGCUGCUGGAUCUGCGCGAGUGGGUCGCUGAGAACGAAGGAAUGAUGCGAGAGGAACAUAAACUAAGGAGCCAGACCGCCCACGAAGUAUGUGCAAAAUACGAUGUCUACAUGGGACAGGACGAUUACAUUAGGAAGUCAACACAGCAAGGCGAACAGUUACAGUACUCGGACUGGUUCACGCUCAAACGCGUUAACUGGAAUUCCAUGUACUAUUCCCCCACCGAAGACUUCGUAUAUUGCAAGGUCCCUAAAGGUGGUUCCUCAACCUGGGUCUACAACUUGCUCAAGCUUGCCAACGUACCGGACGAACAGAUCGAUAUCCGGUUGCACCAACGUCUGCGAGAUUAUUAUCCAAAGAUGUCAAGCAGUACAAUGAAAAAGACAUUAAAAAAGAGUUACAAGUUUAUGGUAACCCGACAUCCCUUUGAACGCCUCCUCUCCGCCUACAGGGACAAACUGGAGAGCUACGAGCGUGACCUUAUGUUCAGGAACGGUUAUUACAACACCAUGUACGGCAAGUAUAUCGUUAAAGUCUACCGUGACGACUCGGACGUGACGCUCAGUAACCGCACCGAACCGACGUGGCAGGAGUUCGUGAAAUACCUUAUUAACACUCCGUCUUCGAAGUUCGACGAGCACUGGAGGCCGAUCUACGCUCUCUGUUCGCCGUGCGUGAUCAAGUACAACGUCAUAGCCAAGAUGGAGACGUUCAGUGAGGACACUCAGUUUAUCAUCAACCAGCUAGGCUUAGAGGAUCGCCUGCACGUUGAAUGGAUCCACAAGACAAGUGACACACGAACGUCCGAUAUUGCAACGGCUUAUUUCUCGCAACUCACCUUGGCGCAGAUCGAUCAGCUGUUCGAGAAAUACCGACUAGAUUUCGAACUAUUCGGAUACGACUACGAUGCCUACCGACAGAUGGCUCUGGACAAUAUCUGAGCCUACACGUCAUUUGGAAAGUUUAUAUUAAUUUAUUUAUAUAUUUUCGUAACGUGUAGGGUCACUGUGAUUCAUAUAUGUACUGGAUCAGUAUUCGCUCGCUGUUUGAUUAAUAUUUAAAAUGCAUUAUAUCUAGAUAGAUUAUCUGAUAAUUUAUGGGAUAAGAUAUGAUUUCAAAAAUCAAAACAACAAUUGACAUUUGCCUGUUAAUAACUCUCACUCACACGUAGCCAUCUUCAACACACAAAGCAAAAACAGAGAUUACUUUUUUUUUUGCUCUUCUUCUUCACUCUCACCAUAUGAGGGCUUCUCUCUCUUUGCCGACUAGCCAUGGGUGAUCUUACAAUACUAGUGUUACAUACUUUCUCUCAAGUGCCAUGUAAUACAGGGCAUUUGUUAACCACCGUUUACAGACCUUAAUUACCGAGUCUGCAUGUACCAUUGGCAAUCUGUUCUUCAUUCAUAUUAUUAAGCAUCUGUCUACUUUCACUAGGGUAUUUACCCGUCUCUUUCACUUUCCUAUGUCUUCUUGGAUCACCUAACAUCUCUCUACCUGCAUUGCAUAUCCUUCUUGUUAUGGUCAUGACAGAAAGGCAACACGCAUCACGAUUCACUAUUUACUAUUUGUGUCACUAUAUUAUUUACAAUUUCAGAGGAUGUUUUGUAAACACUCUCGUUCUAAUGGUUUGCUGUUAAACAUUUCCCUCCUUACUCCACAUGGUAACAAUCCAAUAUUUACUUUAUCCCAAGAUAAUAUAUACAUUAUAUAUUCACAUGAUACUAUAUAUUUAUGUAUAUAUAUUAUGUAUACAUGAUAAUAUAUAUAUAUACACACAU